CAGGUGGAUAUUGCCGAAAUAACAGAUUUAUCGACUUUUUUUCUAAAAUUCUGCAAAAAGAUGGAAUUUUUGAGCAUCUUCAAGGGCGAAGAAGGCAAACCAACCUUCGUGCAGAACACGACAAGUUUUCUCUCCUCAGUGCAGGCCAAGGGGGACGAUCUAGUGACAAGCUUGAAAAAGAAGACAGCGAACGCUGUCCAGCAACUGAGCUCCGCCCAGCUCUCCACCAAUGCACCGAGUGGAGCUUCCCAUCAAGACGGGGACGAAGAUAGCUCGGCCAGUGAGUAUGGGGAUGGUGGUGAUCCCGCAAUGUACGCUGACGAAGCUCCCAUGGAGAGAAAACUCUCCUCCGACAGCAUUGAUUCACUUCCUGUAGAGGAGGCUGACAAAUAUCGGUCGGAUAUUAGACAGUUUGUCAUGGCUAUGCUAACGGAAGACGGAACGGAGGUGGUGACAAAAAAUGCCCACAUCUUUCAGGGCUACAUAGAACACCACACUGGUCGUUCCGCUUUUGCGAAGGAACUUCGCAAACAGACGGAUCAAUUAAAACAAGUUCCCGCUUCGGUGCUGCGACUUCUCGCCUCAUUCUGCAACAGCACGUUGAUUGAAUGCGGCAAAAACGACGACUUUUCACCAGCAGCGUCCAUCCUCAAUGUAGCGUUCCGCAUCUUCCAGCAAGACGUCAAUUCUGCUGGCAAGGUUGUACUGAUCUACCUUUACGAAAGCUUGAAAGACCAGAUGCUCUGGCAAUCGACACGUUUCUGGAAUGCAGCGGUGUUCAUUGCUCUUCAGGAAGAGCGAGUCAACCGACAGGUUGUUCCAAAUAACACGGACGACCAAGAAAACCUGGAUGCUGAGGCGCAGCUACAUGAUAGCAUCGUCUACAACCAGCUAAGCAAAUUUGCCUGGCGAAUGUACUCACUGGGCCUGAGCAAAGACGCCUGUAUGGAUUUUUUACGAAAGCAAGUUGAGGAUACAUCACUUUCAAAAGGUGAAUUAUAUCUUCAUUCCUUUUCACUCUCUGUUAUGUUUGCAGUUGCAAUUGCGCUGUAA